AUGGAGAAUCAAGUCGCAAUCGAGACCACAUCAGUGUCGUCGAGCCAGCAGAACCCGACCAGCCAGGUGAGCCCACCAAGGAACCCGCAGCUCCAGCAAGCAAUGGAUCUCAUCGCCAUCGACAUGAAACUCUUCAAAGAAAAGCUAGACGUGGACUGUCGUUUUGAAGUAUACAAGCAGGCAUUUCCUGAGAUGGACCGAGCCAACUUGCCUAAAACUCAGUACCGUCCAGAUCACAAGGACGAUAUCCAUAUUAUGUAUACUACGCCAUGCAUCAAGUACGAGGGACUUCAUCCGCCUAGCAUCCUACCACUUCCUUGUGACCUAGACAGACUGAGGCAGGACAGUACCUCGGAAUCAGAUGAGGAAACAUCAGAUGGCGAAACAUCAGAUGAGGAAACAUCCUAUGAAAAAAUCUCCGACAAAGAGUGGAAGAAACGGAAUCUUGAGAACUGCGAUUCGUGCAUCAGCCGUAGUGAAAACCAGAUCUAUAGGAUGCUUACAUCGAACUUCUGCAAAGAUAAGGACAUACGGAAAGAGCUACUACAGUACUACUUCCGGUUCGUACAAUUUCAAUGGACUCAGAGUCGUGGCAGAGUCGCAUUUUGUGAGCCGAGUUACUCGCAGAUUACCACGUUAUCGAGGUUCUUCGAGGCGUUUCAGCCAUCUGGCUUGACUGAGCAGCUGAAGCACCUUACCGUCGACAUUCCGUGGGCAUAUACGUACUCCGCAAAAGAAUCAGGGAACCGUCGCGUGUGUAUACGAACAGCACCAUUCGACGAAGAAAAGGCAUUCCAGAAGGACGCGUUGUCCGUGGGUAGAGUGUUCGGUGUUCUUCACAAAUAUAAGAUCAAAACCGAGUUGACUUUCCCAGGAACAUGGGAUUGUAGAAUGCCUUUCAUACUGCGUGUAGAGGAGUUGUGUAAAACACAUUUGCGGCGUGAUGGACCAGAGUUCUGGAAAGAGCAUAAUGAGCAAGCGGAAAACAUCUUUUGUCAGGAUGCUGAGCUGCGUCGUCUUGCGGAUGAGUUUGUUGCGAAUGAGGCUAUUUUGACAGGAGGGCGUGUCUACGCUCCAAUCAAUUUGAUACCUUCCGCUAUUGCCUUCGACAUUGACUUUAGCCAGUAG